AUGGCCUCGAAUGUCGGAAAUCGAAUCAGAUUCCUGAGUUUCGGGAAGCUUCCGCACAUCUCUGCUUCACUGUUGAGAACCUAUCAUCCUCGUAGCCUCUCCGUUCUCCUUCAACAUCGGAAUAAUCUUCUUCCGUUCCGCCGUCGUUGCACCUCUGUCGUUCAUCGUCUUCCUAGCUCUCUUCUUUGGCGUCGCUCAUCUCCUACUCUGUCCUCCAUGUCAACUCAGGCUGAAUCUGGGGCUUCCCAGCAAUCCGAUUCUUCCAAAACGGUGACUCCUUUUCAUUCUUGGGCUGAAGAUGUAACAAUGUUGGUGCAGGUGAGGAUGGUGAUAAAGGGAAGAGUACAGGGAGUGUGCUACAGGAACUGGACUGUUGAGAACGCAGGGCAGCUGGGGCUAAAGGGAUGGGUCAGGAACCGCAGGGACGGUUCAGUGGAAGCACUCUUCUCCGGACCGUCUGAAGCUGUCGAAGAGAUGCAGCAGAGGUGCCGCCGUGGCCCUCCUGCGGCCAUGGUUACUGGAUUGGAGGCUUUCCCUUCCACUGAAGAACCAGGAACAAGCUUUGAAUACAGGUCAACUGUCUGA